GCUCCUGGGCGGCGCGCUGCAUUGUGGGGUGGCGGCGACGGCGGCGGCGUUUGGCCGGGCCGCGCAGUGCUUGUGGGGCCGAGGCCAUGGCUUCCUGGAACGCGUUGUCGCCUAGCAUCGUAGAGUAUUUCGAGGGCGAGGACUUCUAUCGCUGCGGCUAUUGCAAGAACGAGUCGGGCAGUCGCUCCAAUGGCAUGUGGGCACAUUCUCUGACAGUACAGGAUUAUCAAGACCUUAUAGAUCGAGGAUGGCGAAGAAGCGGGAAGUAUGUGUAUAAACCUGUCAUGAAUCAGACAUGCUGUCCUCAGUAUACAAUAAGGUGCCGACCUUUACAGUUCCAGCCAUCAAAAUCUCACAAGAAAGUUUUGAAAAAAAUGUUGAAAUUUCUGGCUAAAGGGGAGAUUUCCAAAGGAAAUUGUGGGGAUGAGCCCAUGGAUUCCACAGUGGAGGAUGCUGUUGCAGGUGACUUUGCAUUAAUAAAUAAAUUGGAUAUAAAGUGUGAUCUUAAAACUCUCAGUGAUGACCUCAAAGAGAGCUUAGAGAAUGAAGAGAUGAAGAAAGAAAAAAACUCAAAGAAGGAAGAAUCAAAUGAAUCAAUUCAUUCACAAGCUAUAGAAGAGAAGUUGGGCUCUGGUGAACCAUCACAUUCAAUUAAAGUUCAUACUGUUCCUAAGCCAGGCAAAGGGGCUGAUUUGAGUAAGCCUCCAUGUCGAAAAGCAAAGGAAAUCCGGAAAGAAAGAAAAAGGUUAAAACUCAUGCAGCAAAAUCCAGCUGGAGAACAUGAGGGUUUCCAGGCUCAAGGUCAGCCACCAUCUUUGUUCCCACCAAAGGCUAAAUCCAACCAGCCCAAAUCACUUGAAGAUUUAAUUUUUGAAUCUUUGCCAGAGAAUGCGUCACACAAGUUAGAGGUGAGGGUGGUGAGAUCAUCUCCACCAAGUUCUCAGUUCAAAGCCACAUUUCAGGAGUCUUACCAGGUCUAUAAACGUUACCAGAUGGUUAUUCACAAGGACCCACCUGACAAACCAACUGUGAGCCAGGUGAGGUUAGUACCUGUCUCCUUUGAGGACCCAGAGUUCAAGUCGUCCUUCAGCCAGUCCUUUUCUUUAUAUGUCAAGUAUCAAAUGGCCAUACACCAGGAUCCGCCUGAUGAAUGUGGAAAGACUGAGACACAACAUCUUUGUUUGUAUGUGGUGCUGAGGAUCGAACCCGGGCCGCAUGCAUGCCAGUUCACGAGAUUCCUUUGCAGUUCACCGUUGGAGGCAGAGUAUCCCCCUAAUGGACCAGAGUGUGGUUAUGGCUCCUUUCACCAGCAGUACUGGCUUGAUGGGAAGAUCAUUGCUGUGGGGGUGAUUGACAUCCUUCCAUACUGUGUUUCAUCUGUGUAUUUGUACUAUGAUCCUGAUUAUUCAUUUCUGUCACUGGGUGUCUACUCUGCUUUAAGAGAAAUUGCUUUUACUAGGCAACUUCAGGAGAAAACAUCUCAACUGUGCUACUACUAUAUGGGUUUUUACAUACAUUCAUGUCCCAAGAUGAAAUAUAAGGGUCAGUACAGGCCUUCUGAUUUGUUGUGUCCUGAGACAUAUGUUUGGAUUCCCAUCGAGCAGUGCCUGCCUUCCCUGGAAAACUCCAAGUACUGCCGUUUCAACCAGGACCCUGAAGCAGUGGAUGAGGGUCGCAGCAAGGAGCCCGACCGACUGCAGGUGUUCCACAAGAAAGCCAUCAUGCCUUACGGUGUUUACAAGAAAAGCCAGAAGGACCCCAGCGAGGAGGCUGCGGUGCUGCAGUACGCGAGCCUGGUGGGGCAGGCGUGCGCUGAGAGGAUGCUCCUGUUCAGAAGCUGAGGGCCGCACACCUGCCUGGGUGCCUGAGCUGCAGGACACCUGCUGUCGUCCGGAACCAGACUUUCCCAUUUUGUCUAUCUUGUGGCUUUUCUAAAAUAUUUUGUGGCAAUGUAUUUGUGAGAAUCUCAUAGUUAAUAUAAAGAUUUUGAAAAUAAGUUAUGACCUAGCCUCAUAAUUGAGGUUUUUCAUUUUGUAAGUUUGUUUCUUGAGCAAAAUAUGCUCAACUUCAGUAAUUAACAUUGUGGGAAGUGAUUCAGUCACCCUUGUGCCGUUUGUGUUCGGAUAGAGAAAUUCCAACUUCUCUUUCCUCGGAUCCAGUGGCAUUUAUGAUGGGGGAGCCUUAAGUGUGGGAGGAAGGUGGAAAAUGUUUUCUCUCUGGAGAAUAGAACGUGCUGUCACUCAGUGUUCAGUGUACAAUGACUGCCAGCCUCUACUUGUGGGGCCCAGCAGAAGCUGAAAGGGGAAACGCAGACCUGUGCGAGAUCUCAUGUUCUAAUUGGUCCUGUUCGUCUGUCAUCUUGGCAUAAUUUUUUCCCUAGAAUAAUUGUUACUUGUUCUCUUUUACUCUCAGAAGUUUGGACAAUAAAAUAUGUAAUUACCUUAGUGAUAUAUUAUUUGCUUUAUUUCUAAAAAUCUAAGAAACAGAGUAUUUAAAGAAAUUUAACUCCUGCCUUGAUUCUAAGCCUCAUCCAAAGGAAAUAGGCACUAAUUUUCCAUCCUUAGAACUCAGGACACUUGUCUUUGGUUAUUGAUGACUGGUUAAUAUCUGAUUACUUUCAUAACUAUUCCACAGAUCACUUUUAAUCACCAGGAGUCACUCUGACCUCUGUGUUCCUUUUCUGGCCCUUUGAUUGAGAAUGGAGAAUGGGUACUGCCCUUGGUACUUCAGAGCAGAGGGAAGCCCCUCUUUCCCUCUCACUCUUGUUGAGCCUCCACCCAUUCAGCAGAUGCCUGCUGUACAGGUGGUGGGCACUGGGCUGGGCACAGGAGAAGAAUGGAGGUAGUUCCUUGAAACAGGAUGGACAGGGAGGGCUGUUUCCUGGACACUCUCUCAGCUGGUCCCUCUUUUGCCAGUUGCUCUGCCACCCAACCUUUUUCAGUCCCCAUUUUGUCCAUUUUUCUGUUUUCUAUUGAUUGAUCUUUUAAAAAGCCAUGCAAUAAAACUUAGUAGCUUGAAUCUCAUUACUGAUUUUAAAUUUUUCUCCCAAGAUGCACUGAAUUUCAACAAAACCUUGAACAGUAACCUUCAGGUAGUUAGAAUAAAAAGAUCACAAAACAAGGGUUUUAAAAAUCAAAUGUCUACAAAUUCAGUAUCCAUGUAAAUUGUACGUGUGUGUGUGUGUGUGAGAGAGAGAGAGAGAGAGAGAAAGAGUUCAAACUGCUGUUUCUUGGGUACCUUGCUAACUGGAGAUGGUGGACUGAAGAAAGCCAUUUUCUCUGAUCACAAAAAUUCUACCUUCUUCUGAAAAUUUGAUCCACAAAAUAGCUUCCAAAAGCAUUUUAGAGACUACGGUGGAACUACAUUCAGAAUUAGUAGAACUUUUUUUCUUUUCCCUCUAAAAUGAAGAUAUCUUUACUAUAUGGAUCUCUUAAAAAUAGAAAUGAUACUGUAAGCAAUUAAUAUAUUGAGGAAAAGAAAGUAAAAGUAAUCUAAAAUUCUGCCAUACCCAGAGAAAGAAAAAGAAGUCUGCUGUACACACAUACAUACCUAUUUAUAUAAAUAAAAUUAUGGUCUACAUGCAGUUUUGGUUCAAGAGUAAUAAUUUAGGGAUAUGUCUGAAAUGUGAGAGAAAUUUCCAGAUCAGAUUGCACCCUGUCUGCCUGGUGUUCUAAGUUAGCUUCAGAGAGACAUAGGCUUAAAAAUGCUUCUACUUGGUUGCUGCAUCGAUGAGUAUGUGUUUUGAGAGAGGAGAAUGUGCUCGACCCAGGAGUCCUGGAGUCUCCAAGGCACAGGCUGGUGGUUUUGAAGCCUCACUGAGCAAAUGGUGGUGGUGGGCUAGGAAAGGACCGUUGAGGGAAGUGACCCUGCCAUGUCAGUUGAGGAGCAGCCUAGAGGCCUGCUUUUAUGUUGAUGGCUUUCAUCUAAAGGAAGACACAGGUGAACCUUACCAAAAUAGUGGGUAUCAUUUACAGUCAUAGUGUUUUAGUGUCCCAAUUUCAGAUAAAUUCACACCUGCCUCCUGCCUUGGGAGCAGAGUUACAAUUUCAAUUCCCCAUGCCACUAGCAUUAUUGAAAAUAUUUCAGUUCUAUGAGAUUUUCAUUUUCUUGUUAAAUGUAAUCUGAGCACUUUUUGUAUUCUAAAGGUAGCAAUUGUUAUCAGAUGAAUAUAUUAUUCAUUUGAUUGAAUUUAUUUAGGAAAGAAAUUAUUACUGUUUAUGUUUUCUAGCUUAUACUUCUCAUCCGUUUUGCAAUUAAUAGUUUCAUUUGAUUUCUUAAUAUAUCAGAGCCUAUUAUGCAAAAGAACCUUUCCGUAUUUCUGAAUAAAAAAUGGUUUGAUUUUUUUAGACAUUGUAUUAUUUCAAUAUGAAUAAAAGAGAAUAUGAACAGUUAACUAAAAUGUAUCUAUUGUUGCUAAGUUAAAAAGGAAAGAAAUGAAGUGGAAACAGUUGGGAAAUAUUUGAAUUACAAGUUAUUCAAAUGAGUGUUCUUUUCCUACAGAAAACCAGUGACUGUAAGGCAAAACAAUUUUGAUUGCAUGUGAUAUUUUUGCUCAUGUAUAUGCUUUUUGAACAAUCCAUUUGAUAAAGCUUGAGUGGAAAAAAUAAAGCUGUUUCUAUGUGCA